UUAACCAAGAAGGCGGCGCUGCCGAUAUAACACUUUCCCUAGACGUUCUCUCCUCCACCGUGUAGCUCUGCUAAGACCCUCCCAGAAUCAACAAUUUCUGAGCUGCUUUACGGACUCCAGUCAUCAGAUGGCGAUAUUAAUCCCUCAGGUUACGCUUUAUGACUUACGACGCUUCUUCACCACAGAAGAUGGCUACGGUCAACCAACAGGGUAAAAUUAAAUGGAGAUAUCGAAGCUCUUAAACCAACAAUUUAAAUAAAUUCAAAUAGUUUUAAGUGCUUUCAACACUCUUUAUGCGUACCAUUCAGUAAGUUUAAUGUAAUAUACUGUGUCAGUUCGGUAGCUGGUUAAAUUGGGCUAACAUUAAGCUAAUCGCUAAUAAUUAAACUACCAAGCUAACAUCACUUACUAUGAGCUUACUACAAUACCGCACUUCUGCUGGAAAAGAGGUAUGGACGGAGGAAGAAGCCUUCGUAAAAGAGGAGAAGGACGAGAGAGUUGUCACCGUUCAAGAACAAGUACACGGGGAUGCUGUCACCGUUCAAGAACAAGUACACGGGGAUGCUGUCACCGUUCAAGAACAAGUACACGGGGAUGCUGUCACCGUUAAAGAACAAGUACACGGGGAUGCUGUCACCGUGAAAGAAGAGGGGGUCGUAUUUCGAAUAACAGAGGGGGAAGAUAUUACUGUGAAAGAAGAGGAUCUCGUUUUCGGAGUGAAAAAGGAGGAAGAGGAGACUACUGUCACUUUGAAGGAAGAAGAGGAGCAGACUGAAAGUCCGAUUAACUACAGAGAGAGACCAGCAAGACAACAUCACUGUUCCCAGUGUGGAAACAGUUUGACCCAGUUAGGAAGCCUGAAAAGACACUAUGAAACAAACACCAGGCAGAAACAAUAUCACUGCUGUCAAUGUGGUUUUAUAGAGGAGCUGACUUUCACAGUUAAAGAUGAAGAUGUAUAUGGAGUCAAGGAGGGAGAGAUUUCUGUCACAUUGGAAGAGGGAGAAAAAGUGCUGGAGAAAACAGGAGAUCAGGAUAACACUACGGAGAGACCAUACUCUCCCUCUGACAGCUGGAAGAGUCCCUCGGAGGAACCAGACCAAGAGAAGCCUAAACCAGUUAGACAACACCCCUGCUCCCAUUGUGGAAAGAGUUUUAGGGGGGUAUGGAACCUGAAAGAGCAUGAAAGAAUACACACUGGAGAAAAACCUUUCCAAUGUUCCCACUGUGGAAAGAGUUUUACCCAGUUAGGAAGCCUGAUGAAACAUGAUAGAAUCCACUCUGGAGAGAAACCUUACAAAUGCUCUCAAUGUGGAAAGACUUUUAACCGCUUAGGUAACCUGAAAACACAUAAAAGAAUACACACCGGAGAAAAGCCUUACCACUGUUCCCAUUGUGAAAAGAGUUUUAACUGGUCAGGACACCUAAAAGAGCAUGAGCGAACACACACUGGAGAGAGGCCAUUCAAAUGCUCCCAAUGUGACAAGACGUUUACCCAGAUACGGUGCCUGAAAUCACAUGAGAAGACUCACAAAGGAGAAAAGCAUUAUGACUGCUCCCAGUGUGAAAAUCGCUUUAAACUGUUAGGGGCCCUGAAAUCACACGAAAAGACACAUAGGGGAGAAAAGCCUUACCAUUGCUCCCAGUGUGGAAAGUACUUUAAACGUUUAGGGGCACUAAAAUCACAUGAGAAAACACACACAGGAGAAAGGCCCUAUCACUGCUCCCAAUGUGGAAAGAGUUUUACCUCAUCAGGCUUCCUGAAAAAUCAUGAGCAAAGACACACAGGGGAAAAGCCUUUCAACUGCUCCAACUGUGAAAUGAAAUGUAUGUCGUUGGGGCAACUGAAAUCGCAUAAAAGAAUCCACACUGCAGAAAAACGUUAUGAAUGCUCCCAAUGUGGAAUGGUAUUCACCCAGUUAGGGAACCUGAAAGACCAUGAGCAAAGACACUCUGGAAGAAAACCCUUCCAAUGCUCCCAGUGUGGAAUGUCAUUUACCUGGUUAAGGCAACUGAAAUCACAUGAAAGAAUACACACACUACUCCCAUUAACUCAUAUUUUUGACUGAAUAUUUGUACUUUUGGUUAUGCCAAAUGAAUUGGAAUCAAAUUGCUUAUAAGUGUGUAUGCUUGUUUUUUAAUCUCAAAACAUCACAUUGAUAUGAGUCAAUAAGUAAUGUUUAAUUUACCACAUCAUCCACUUCGUUACCAGGGCCCCCUAUUCAACACUUCGCUUUGACCUUGACUAGAACAAACCCUUAAACCUGUGGCUGUGGUUUCAUCAUACCUUCAAAAACAGAGCUGCCAUCUAAAAGGCGCCAGCUGAAUCAUCAAUAUGGCAUGAAUGCGUGUAUUGUACAUAUAUUUCUCUGUAUAUUUUUUAUUUCUAUUUAUUGGAGAAAUUUCAAUUUACUAUAGAGCACAACAGAUUCAGUGUACAGAAUGUAACUGUAUGUAAAGUUGGUCUCUGUAAUUAAACUGUAAUAUCUGGA